AUGAGAAAAGCGACAACCUGGUCUCCUCCAAAUCCUGGUUGGAUUAAACUAAAUUUUGAUGGUGCUUCUAGAGGUAAUUCGGGUCCUUUAGGCAUAGGAUAUGUAAUCAAAUAUCAUACAGGAGCAAUCCUUGGGAAAAUGGCAAAGCCAAUCCCCCCAGACAAAAACAACAUAGCAGAAUUAAAAGCAUUGCAAUUUGGAUUGAUAGAGUGCAUAAAGCAUGGUUUAAAUAACAUUCUAGUGGAGGGCGAUUCAGAGAUAGCAAUAAAUGCAAUUAAGAGGAAAAAAACUCCAAACUGGAGAUUGCAGGGAAUCCUAGACAACAUAAUUGUAAGCCUCGAUAGAAUAGAAAACUAUGAAGCAAAGCACAUCUACAGAGAAGAAAACUCAGAGGCUGAUGCUCUCUCAAAAAUAGCUGCUCAAGGAACCUACAUCUACAGGUGGGAUCAGGGAAUUUGGCCAAUUGUCUCAUCAGACCAUCUCAUUUGA